GCCCGUCCUCCAAUACCUAUGUAAAAAGCGAAGUGCGUUGAUACAUUUAUUAGAUGGCUUGUCAAUAUCUGUAGUGUAGCUAGCUGCCCAAGCAUGCCCGAUUGAACCCGGAGAGACCCCAAGCAUUCAGCCUACGACUUUCAAGAUGCUUCGACCACAAAUACUGCUCGCCUCGAGGCAUCUGGGACCCUGUGUUGGCCCUCGCACGGGCGCCUCACAGCUUUCGCGACAGCUUCCUAUCCUUGCGCGACGAGCAUACUCCGACUCUCAGCCCCCCGCUCCCUCUACCACCCCUGCCGGAGACACGAACAGCCCGUCCGCUAGAGUGAUCCCCAACAGGACAACCGGUCAGAAUGCCUCGGGCAGCCCAAACAAGUCUCGCGGCCUCUUCCGCAAAGUGCGAAACAAGGCCCCCAGCCCGCCCCCGGCGGUACUAGACCGGACCAGGCUGCCCAGCAGCCUGCACUCUCAGAUGCCGAACGCGAACCUGCUCCGGCUCCGCGACGCCUGCCAGUGCAGUCUGUGCGUAGACCCGGACUCGGGCCAGAAGACCUUCGCGACCACCCACCUGCCCAACAAGCCGGAGCUGCAGAGCGCCGAGCUCGACGGGGGGGGGUCCCUGACGGUCGUGUGGGAGAACGACCCCCUGAGCGGCGGCGGCACCCACGAGUCCGUCUACACGCCUGAGUUCAUCGAGCGCUGGAAGGAGACGUCGCAGCGCAAGCUCAUAUCGCGCGUGCUCUGGGACCGGGCCAUGUUGGAGGAGGAGCUGGACAGCUGCCGCGUCUCGUACGACGACUGGAUGGCAGGCGGGGACAAGUUCCGGGACGCGUUCAUCGCCCUGCACAAGACGGGCCUCAUAUUCGUGAACGGGGUGCCCGAGUCCGAGACCUCGGUCGAGGAGAUCGGCCGGCAGAUCGGCCGGCUGCAGGACACCUUCUACGGCCUCACGUGGGACGUCAUCUCGAAGCCGCAGGCCGAGAACGUGGCGUACACGAACCAGUUCCUCGGCCUGCACCAGGACCUGCUCUACUACUUCGACUGCCCGCGCAUCCAGCUCCUGCACUGCAUCGCCAACGACUGCGACGGCGGCGAGUCGCUGUUCAGCGACGGCGUCCGGACGGCCAUGCAGCUGCAGCUGCAGAGCCCGGAACAGUACGCCACGCUGACCAGUGAGAACGUCAGCUACCACUACGACCGCAACGGCCACCUGUACGGCAACUCGCGGCCGACGAUCCGCGACAGCGGCGCGGGCUUCGUGCCCUCGGUGUGGUGGUCGCCGCCCUUCCAGGACGUCUUCUCGUCGAGGACCAAGGUGAACCGCUGGCACCGCGCCGCCGCCCUGUUCCAGCGCACGCUCGAGGCGCCCGAGAACCUUUUCGAGUACAAAAUGCGGCCCGGCGAGUGCGUCGUCUUCGACAACUGGCGCGUCCUCCACGGCCGUCGCCACUUCAACACGGCGCAGGGCAAGCGCUGGCUCAAGGGCACCUACGUCAACAACCAGGUCUUCCAGGGGAGGACGUCGAAGCUCCUGGCCGAGUUUGACAGCCAUCAGGUGAAGGAGAGUUCGCAUGACAUGUGGGUUGCCGAGAAGGAGGCACUGGAUGCCCAGCUGGGUGGGUCGAGGGAGAAGGGACCGGCAUCCGAGGAGGCCACGAUAUCCGAGCAGGCUCCGGCUGCUGGCCAAUAACUCCGACGGGUGGUAUUCUCUGGGUGUUCCAGAACGGGGUCGUAAAGCUGGCGCCGGGAAUAUACCAUGCCUUGUAAAUACCAUGACUUCGCAUUCAUAAAGCCGCUUAGCCGCGCCCCAUGAUUGUGAUUUGAUCAGCCUUCGUCGCAGCUAUCCAUCCAUCCGUGUAUCUACCUCAUCCCGGGAACCCUCCCCUCGCCAUCUUCUUCGCCCUCUGGUCUCGCCUAUUAUGAUUAGCCCUAGACCCCUUAUUCGCCUCCUUCCGCCUCCUCGCCACCUCCGUCUCCUUCUCCCCAGUCGGCCCAGCAACAUUACCUCCACGCCCGCCACGACCACCACCACCCCUCCCACGGCCCCGUCCCCGCCCCCUCCC